GCAGAGACAGGAGAUGAGCACGAUCGGCCGGGAGACUCGCAGACAGCGAGAUGGCCCAGGGACGAGGCGGUGGCCUUGAUCCGGAUCCGAAUAGAUAUGGAGCCAGCGUUCCAGAGCGCGAACAGUUUGCAAAAGGGGCACCUGUGGGAGGAGGUGGGGAGGAAAAUGAGCGAUCUUGGGUAUCAAAGGUCGGCGAAGAAGUGCAAGGAGAAGUGGGAGAAUGUGACGAAGUACUACAGGAAGACGAAGGAGAGCAGUAAGAGUGGAGGAGCGGACGCGCGGAACUAUCGGUACUAUGCUGAGCUGGAGCGAUUUUAUAGAGAGGGAGGGGAGUCGGCAUUGGCGGCGGCAGCCGCUGCAAGGUCGUCGCAAGGAGGAGAUGGAAAUGGCGGCGCGUCAGAAGAAUCUGAGGAAGAAGAGCAUGAGGGGUUGGGAGGGCAGGAAGUGGAGGAGGAAGAGGAUGAGCUGGUUGAAAGCGGGGGGAAGAGGAAGAGGAAACGUCGAGGGGACGUGGAAGAAGCGCUCCUGUCCAUGGAACGGAUGAUGAAGAGGAUUCUGUACUGUCAUCAUCAGCAGCAGCAAAGGAUGUUCGAGACGAUCGACAAGAGGGAGAAGGACCGCCUUGCAAAGGAGGAGGAGUGGAGACGGCAGGAGCAAGCGCGAUUGGCGCACGAGCAGAAGCUGCGUGAAUCUGAGCACGUUUCAGCCGCUAACAGGGAAUCGGCUCUCGUCAUUAUCCUGCAGAAACUAGCGGCAGGAAUGGCUCCCGGAUGCCCGCAGCCAUUGUCGCUGCCACUGCUUGCGGCAUCUCUGUCUUCGCCAACGAAGCCGUCCGUCAAUGCAUGUGCCCUGCCAACGCCAGCCUUGGGAGCGGAGGCGUUUCCUCCGCAGCAGGCGCACGGGGUGGCGGGGAUGACGAUGGCGAUGGGGGGGGGGACGCCCGCGACGGUGUUUGCGCCAGCGGGGACGGCCAUCGCCAGAGGCUCCGCAGCGACGCCGGCAUCCACGCUGCUGGCGGGGGGGGGCGCCAAGGGGAGCGGGCCGGUGGCGACGGUUGGGAGCGAAGGUGGGGCGGACGCGGGGGCGGAGUCGCCUGCAACCGCGGCGAUUCCGGUUGCCAAGCGCACUCCUUCGGUCACACCGGUGCUCGCGCACGACCCAGAAAUAGUCCAGGAUCGUCAAGCGGAGAAGAGGUGGCCGAAGCAGCAGGUGCAGGCGCUGAUACAGUUCCGGAGCUCAAUGGAAGGAAGUUUCCAAGAGCCCGGACCGAAGCAGCAUUUGUGGGAGGUGAUCUCUGCGCGUAUGGCGCGACUGGGGUUCAGUCGAAGUGCGAAAAGAUGCAAGGAGAAGUGGGAGAACAUAAACAAGUACUUCCGCAGAUCAAAGAGCAAAGGUCGUGUGGAUGGGAAGAAGAAAAAGUGCCCGUAUUUCGCGUUACUGGACGAGUUGUACAACGAUAAAGGCAGGGGGGGAAUGUUGUUGGCGGCUUGCUCCGCUGGGGAGGAGGGAACCGACUUGCAAGCUGUCAGUGACGGUUUGGAACCCGAGGUCGGGCAAGGGAGAACGGAGGGGAUCACUAGUGGGGGGAGACAGGCGGCGGGUGGAGGAGAUGGGGAGGCGGCACUGACGGGGGAGGCGUCAGAUUCCGGCGGGAUGUGUGUGGAAAUGGUGUCCGGGGGAGGGGGAAGCACUGGGGGCGGCGGCGGGUUUUGCUCUUCGGAGGAGGGGUUGCGGGGAGAGCUGUCCGCCUGUCUGUUGGAUGCUGUGGAGGGAAGAGUCAAGGAGCAAGAGAUGGCCAUGGCGACGGCCAAUGCGGCAAUGGGGCUAGGAGCGGAGGGGGUAGAAUCGCAGCGGCGGACGUUUUCAAAGGCUUGGCAUGUGGUGCUGCAUGACCACCAAACCACGGGUGGGGAGCAUCGAGGGGAAGGCCACUGUGCGCGGGACUCGUGGGGAGGAGCAGUGCCGGCAUCGGAGGGAGUGGGACAGGUGGGGGUAGCAGCUGACAAAGGGAUGCGCGAAGAGGAGAGGGGGGGGAACAAUGCAUCGACUGCGGACGAAGGCAGCGGGGAAGAUGCAGAAGGAGGGGGGUUGCGGGUCAGCGGAAUGAUCGUGCAGGGGGAAGCACAAUGCGAUAGAGAAAUGGGAGGAACGGGGGUAGGAUUGGUGGAUGAGGAGAAUCAAGCAGUAGUUGUGAAGAAGAAGAAAAAGAAGAAGCAGAAGGGUGCGCUGGUCGGUCCGGGGGUAGGCAAAGUACUCGGCAACAAGUUUGUGACAGCAGGAGGAGGAGGAGGUGGUGCUGGUGCUGCUGCUGCUGCUGUUGGAAUGGUCUCGAAAUCGACGAGGAUACAGCAACUGGAAGGGAUGGUGAAGGGUUUGGUGAACAGUCAGCAGGAGCAGCAGAAACAGCUAAUGGAAUACUUGAGCAGAUCGGAGCAGGAAAGAUUAAAGAGGGAUGAAGAGAGGCGCCAACAAGAGGAGGCGAGGCUGGCCCGUGAGCAGGCACGAGCAGCUGAAAGGGAGUCUGCGCUUAUGGCUCUCGUGCAAAAGUUGACUUGCAAUCCUGCGGAGCUUCCCACUCAAGGAACCGCAGGCGCUCUCCCCUCUCUCUCGACUCCUUCUGAGAAUGGUGGAACGUGAGAUCGCAGCGGUGAUGACCUACAGCUUCCUACAUGUGUGUCUGUGUGUGUGUGUGUGUGUGUGUGUGUGAGAGAGAGAGAGAGAGAGUGAGAGAGAGAGAGAGAGAGAGAGAGAGAGAGAGAGAGAGAGUGAGAGAGAGAGAGAGAGAGAGGUGUUCUGGAGGAAGGCAUUUUUUGGCGGAUAGAUGGUGCGGGCGGGUUGCGUAGGUUGACAGGACACACCUAAGAAGGGGGAAGCGAUGGGAAUGACACUUGUUGGCCUCUUUGGAGUCUUGUGUGCAGGAGUGAGGAGUUCUCAGCGUGCGUAACUCGUUGGCGAGUAGCAGAUGACCAAAAGGAGUGAUAGAGGAGGGAGGGAGCGAGGGCAGUUGUGGUGGAUUGAGCGAGAGGCGUGUUGUUGUUUCCUCCCCUGGAUUUGUCAUCCUGUGGGCCUGAUUCUAGAGGCUUGGAGUGGAUUAGUACUACCUUCCCGAAGUUUUUUGCCCUCGUCUCGUCGACUUGUCAGUGUCUGUUGAGAGACAUUGGUUCUCUUGAAGGGAAGCGAGGUUGGUCGUUUGUAGCUCCCCGACCUCGCUCUCUCCUCUCCUCUCCUCUUUUUCGAACGUCGUCGUACGUCUGGGACGGCUCAAGGACUGACUUCAACACACAGCACUUCUCCAAGCAAAAGGGCUUCCCGUGAUCAGUCGUAGGUCUCAUUUGUGAAGAGCAUUGUGAAGAUCAUUGUGAAGAUCAUUCAUUGUGAAGAGCAUUGUGAAGAGCAUUGGACGAUUGAAGGUGGGUCAUGAAGUGAAGAGCAUUGGUGUCGUGAAGAGCACGCGGAGUCAGAGGUGGUGGUGUCUUUUCUUGAGUGGAGUUUGCUUGGUCAAACCAUUGAGUGAGAGAGGGGCAAACCAUCGCUUCAGAGUGGGAGAAGUGGAGUACAGAGCGCGCGGGGCGCGGAUCCUGACGGAGGAAUGCGCGGUCGUGGGGAGAGGAAACUCGGAUGUGAUUGCUGGCUGUGGAGGGAGAAGUGAAGUGGACCACAAAGAAUGCGCGGCGGAGAGUUCCGUUGUUCUGUUAACUUUUCUGACAGGUUCUUAGACCCUUUCUUGUCGUGUAAUAUAUUUUGAAGGACUGAUCAUCAGCACGGUCAACUCGAAAAAUUGACUGGCUUCGUCAUUGAGAGUGUGCUUGACUUCGUCACUCCACACUCUCUCUCUCUCUCUCUCUCUCUCUCUCUCUCUCUCUCUCUCUCUCUCUUGCCCGUCUGUCUGCCUUACACAUUGUCUUUCGGUCUUGCACUUGGCGAGUGCCAACAGCCUCCCUCCUCCCUUUAUCCAUCGCUCUCUCCCCCACCUGCGGUUGCCCGUGUCGCUAACCCUUCUGGCGUCCUCCCCCUCCCUGCCCCUUCGUCUUCCAUUCGCCUUGCAUUCUGGUUCAAGACCUUGGGACUCGAGGACCUUUGCUGGGCGAACAUCCUGGCGUGUUUGAGUUCUGGUGCAAGUUCGUGCUUGCACGUGCUCUUUUUGGACAUAAUCUGGCUGUGACUGUGGUCAGAUGCGUCUCACAAAGUUCUAUUGUGCGAGUAUACCCUACCCUAACUGUGCAUCCACAGUCGGCUGAGCGUACGCAAAGUUCUCUUCUUCCUCCUGUCUCUUUGCCGUCGGUUUUUCUGACUGCUUUUUUGCUGAUUCUCGCUAUUGGCCGAAGACAGUCAUACCGGCGUGCCUAGCCUCU